UUAUUUCAAUGCUUUUUAUUUUAAAUGGGAAACAUCGGAAUUGUUUACAUUUUGGUUUUGCUUAUAAGUGUUUUGGUUGUGUUGCGGAAAGAAAUAUAGGGAAAAUGAAUUUUUAAAAAUGUAUGCUGCUAUAGCGCUAAUGGACGCCGAGGAAUCCGAAGAAAGGGAAAGGCGGAUACAGAGGAGGAGAUUGCGACACCACACCAAAGUAAUGGAACUACCUGAGACUGAAUUUGUUGCAAAUUCCCGAAUCAAUAAACAAAUAUUCCAAUACAUAUUAAACGAAUUAAAAGAGCACAUGGCUCCAUCACAUAGAAGCACCCACCUAUCGCACCAGCUAAAACUCGCGACUUUUUUAAGAUUUCUCGCCACCGGCAGUUACCAAAAAUCUGUUGGUAACGAAAAUAUUUCGUCGAUGGGGCAGUCAACUGCAGCCAACGUGAUCAGGGAAUGCCUAAAUAUUUUUGAGGACCAUUUUUGCCAGAAAUGGGUGAAUUUUAGGAGAAACAUCGAUGAGGAAAAUGCAGUUAAAGAAUAUUUCUUUGAGAAAUACGGAAUACCUGGGGUUAUUGGUUGUGUUGAUGGAACACACGUUCGUAUUAAGUCGCCAGGAAGUGACAACCACCAUUUAUACCUCAACCGCAUGGGUUUUUACAGUAUCAAUGUAAUGGCGAUAUGCGAUCACAACAUGGUAAUCACAUUUGUUGACGCUAGGCAUCCAGGGGCGAAUCAUGAUUCAUUUGUUUGGAAUGUGAGUCACGCAGAACAGGAGCUAAAAUCUGAUUAUAACAAUGGAAAAACCAACACAUGGCUACUCGGUGAUUCUGGUUACCCCUUGCAGCCAUACUUGAUUACGCCAUUCAGAAGCGCAGCCAAUGAAAUUCAACGAAUUUACAACACAAAGCACUCGAAAGCUCGUAAUGUAAUUGAGAGAUGUUUCGGUGUUUUUAAAAACCGAUUUCGAUGUAUAAUUGGCUCGAGAGGGCUGCACUAUUCACCAGAAAAAGUUACACAAAUUGUAAAUGUGUGCUGUGCUAUUCAUAACGUUUGUAUAUUUUUCAAACAUCAAAUUCCAUUGGAGAGCCCAGAUAUGGAGAAUCUUGUUAGUUACGAAGAAGAACUGGAAAACAGUAACAUUUCGAAUACAGCUGCCCUUAUUAGAAUGAGAAUAGCAGAGAGUUUGUUAUAAACGCAGUUUUAUUAUAA